CCUCUUGAUUACUGCCGGCAUGAAUCAGCUGUUUCUCCAUAAUGCGUCGUUAUCAAAUGUUCCAUUGAUUUAGUCAAACAAGUGAGGUAAUUCGAGAGAAGCCUGCACCUGCUACGUGGUAAUAAAAAGAUGAAGAAAGUUGUGAUAUUCGGCUCCACCGGGAUGACCGGUCUCUGCGCCCUUGAGCACGCUCUUAAAAAAGGUCUUCAGGUGCGAGUGUUCGUGCGUGACGAAUCAAAAAUUCCGGAUCAUUUGAGGGGAAAAGUUGAGGCGGUUGUCGGUGAUGUCAAAAACGCUGAGGAAGUUGAGAAUGCUGUUGCUGGUCAGGAGGGUGUAGUUGUGGUCCUGGGAACUCGAAAUGACUUGAGUCCAACGACAGUGAUGUCUGACGGCCUGAAAAACAUCAUCACAGCGAUGAAGAGCAAUAGUAUGGAAGUCAUAUCUGUCUGCUUAUCAGCAUUCCUCUUUUAUCAACCUGAGAAAGUGCCAGCUAUUUUCAAGGACAUCAAUGCUGAUCACGAGCGAAUGUUCAAGGCGUUGAAGGAGAGCGGAUUGAAGUGGAUCGCUGUUUUGCCACCUCAUAUUGCAGAUUCGCCAUGUGGAAAGGUGUUAAUAAAAUACGACGAAUCCCCUGGCCGUGUGGUUUCCAAGCACGACCUUGGCAAAUUCCUAGUCGACAGCUUGGACCAGCCAGAGCAUCACCAGAAAGUCUGUGGUAUUACCACCACAUCCGCUUGAAAUAGUGGCUCAAGCAUGUGAGUUCUUCCAGGGUAUAGUAGCACUGUUUGCGGCACAAUAAACCGAUUCCUGGGCAUUGGUGGUGGUGGUGGUGGCGGUGCUGGUGCUGGUGCUGGCGCUGCAGUCGAAAAUUUAGACAAUAAAUUUGUUUUUUUGAAUGGCAGUUGUGGGUGUUGUGGAGGCACUCGAUCCCAACCCGCCAUUAUAUCCGCAGUUUCACAGAUCUUGUAUCCGUUUUUAGAAUAAAAUUGUUCUUGACCUUUCGUUGA